AGGGCGACCCAUCGCACAGAGACAGAGAAGAGAGAGAGAGACAAAACUGCCAUUUACUGUAGCAUCUACAUGGAUGUGAAGGAGGAGGCAUGUGAGGCUAACAUGGAGGAAAGGACCAUAAAUGUUAAGGAGGAGGACAGUGAGUGGGAAUAUCUCCAUCCGAAACAGGAGAGUCUGGCCGUUAAAGAUGAGGACUGUGAACUGGGGUCAGCGGGCAUCAAAGAAGAGGCUGAAGAGAAGUCCGUCAGCAGUGAGACACACAACCAUGCAAGUGUAGAGAUUGUCAAGGAAGAGGACCUUCAUGAUGGAAGUCAAGAUGGCCUGGUGACCGAGUUGGUCUCUUCUCAAAGCACACACUGUUCCUCUCCAGGGUCUUCUACUGCUGUGAAGUCUGAAUCAUUACAGUCUGACACAAAGAGAAAAGAAGAAAUUUCAUCUGGAACUCUGGAAGAUCAACCAGCACCUACAAAUCAGGUUGGAGAAGGAAACAAACCUUUCCGCUGUUUGGAAUGUGGCAAACAAUUUGGUAACUGGAGAAAUCUUCGGCUACACAGUAGAAUUCACACUGGGGCCAAGUCAUAUUGCUGUUCUGAGUGUGGCAAAGCAUUCUUGCAUAACAGUAAUUUUCACAGGCACAAAAAAAUUCACACUGGAGAGAAGCCCUAUUGCUGUUUGGAAUGUGGUAAAUGCUUCAGCGACAGUGCGACGUUUCAGAGACACACUAGAAUUCACAGCGGAGAGAAGCCCUAUUGCUGUACUGAAUGUGGGAAGCAAUUCUCUGACAGGAAAACUCUUCAGAGUCAUAGGAGAAUUCACACAGGAGAAAAGCCGCAUUGCUGCUCUGAAUGUGGCAAACAGUUUUUGCAAAUUAGCAAUCUGCGGAGCCACCAAAGAAUUCAUAUGGGCGAGAAGCCGUAUUGCUGCUCUGAAUGUGGCAAGUGGUUUUCAAAAAAGAGCAGUCUUCAGAGCCACCAACGAAUUCAUACGGGAGAGAAGCCUUAUUGCUGUUCUGAAUGUGGCACAGGAUUUCGUUACAGGAGCACUCUUCAGAGACACACUAGAAUUCACACUGGAAAGAAGCCGUUUGGCUGUUCUGAAUGUGGCAAAGAGUUCUGUGAUAAAAGUACUCUUCAGAACCAUACUAGAAUUCACAUUAGAGAGAGGCCAUUUUGCUGUUCUGAUUGUGGCAAACAAUUCCGACACAGGAGUCAGCUUGGGGUUCAUGUUAGAGUUCACACUGGAGAGAAGUCAUAUUGCUGUUCUCAAUGUGACAAAAAGUUUUCAACAAUGAGCUGUCUUCACAGACACGCAAAAAUUCACACCGGAGAAAAGCCAUAUUGCUGUUCCGAAUGUGGCAAACGAUUCCAACAGAGGAGUAAUCUUCAGAACCACACUCGAAUUCACACGGGAGAGAAGCCAUUCUCCUGUUCUGAAUGUGGCAAACGAUUCUGUCGGAAGGACUCUCUUCAGAAUCACACUCAGAUUCACACCAGGCAGAAGCUGUUUUGCUGUUCUGAAUGUGGAAAAUCGUUCUGUGACAGGAGUCGUCUUGGGUCGCACAUUAAAAUUCACACCAGAGAGAAGUCCUAUUGCUGUUCCAAAUGUGGCAAACAGUUUCCAAGAAGGAGUGCUCUUCAGAUUCACAAAGUAAUUCACACAGGAGAAAAGCCUUAUUGCUGUCCUGAAUGUGGCAAGCAGUUUUCACAAAAGAUUAAACUCAAGUUCCACCAAACAAUUCACACGGGUGAAAGGCCAUAUUGUUGUUCUGAAUGUGGCAAGCAGUUUUCACACAAGGGCAAUCUUCUGAGCCACCAAAGGGUCCAUACAGGAGAGAAGCCUUAUUCCUGUUCUGACUGUGGCAAACAAUUUUCAAAAAAGAGCUAUCUUCAGAACCAUCAAAAGAGUCAUAAUGUCCCCACAACAAUGGAGCAAACAAGAUCACACAAGCAUACAGUGAGCAAGAAAAUAAGAGGACUCAACUCAGUCCAGUGAUCAAAUGAAGAUAAAGAGGACGUCACGGACUACAACUUCUACACAACUGGUCGUGAGUAGCAGCAGGGUACCCCAGGAGGGCUUAUGCAAAAACACAGUGCAGAAAUGUUAUCACAAUUUCCAAGUUAGAUAAGAUAACUGAUGCAAAUUUAGGAUACUUAACUGAAAUAUUUAAAGAACGAAAACAAAUUAGUCCGACGAAAGUAGAACUCCAAGGAACAACAAAAGAAGGAAUAACACAUGGAAUGAAGCAAUGAUACUAUCAUGAAAGCAUCAGCAGAGAAUUUGCCUAACAAGGAGGAAAUGUACAUGUUUGACAAUAAAUUCAGAAAUAAACACGCAAAUAUAAACAGAGAAAAAUACCAGCCAGAAAUGGAAUGUCUUCAAAAGCAAUUGAUUCUAAAACAGAGAAAUGCCAAAAGUGAGAAGAAGGAAUUCCGAAGAGAAGGACGGAGAUACAGCAGAUUUAACGUGGCAACAAAAGAUUGUACUCGACUGAAAGUGCCAGAAAACCACAAGAGAAGAUCGAGGCAGUGGGUGAAGAAGAGGGGCAAUGAGAAUCCGAAAAACAGCAGAGAGACACAAAGAAACAGAAAAGGAGAGAAAGUAAGGAAGACGUCCAGAGCAGAAAUUACACAAUCAUCAAAGGACAAAGUCAUCUGGGAAAUCAUAAAGAAGAACUCCUGAAUUUAUUCAAAGAACAAGUUUACUGAAAUCAAUAAGAAGAGAGGAGUGACCAAGAAUAACAAUAAACUGUAAUGAACGGGAUACUACAAGUAAAGUAUCUGUGAGGAAGCAAAGUACAACACCAGUUCUGAAAAAGUUUGGACGCGGUGUAAAAU